AUGACUUCGUCCAUGAAAACAUAUAUAUUUGUGCCCAUAGGUCCAUCUGGUCUCUACGGUCUACCACCAACUGUUGGUUAUGAAAGUCAUGAUUUGCGAAAACAACGAAUGCCGCAAUAUUCAUUUGGCACACGAACCCAGUUGAAAGAUAAUAGCAUUGGCCCGGGACCGGCCAGAUAUAAAGUGGAUAAAUUGAUACGUUAUGGCAUAUCGAAGGGACAUGUUUAUACAAUGGCACCUAAAACAUUUUACAAAGAGAAAAGUAAAAGCCCCGGUCCCUUAGCCUAUCAGCUGCGUAAUUCACCAAUAUUUAAAGGAUCCAAUGCACCGGCGUAUUCUCUCGGAGCCGUUAAUACAUUUUUCUUUAAAAAUUGUGCUCCAAGUCCAAAUACAUAUGGCAUUAAUGACUCGUACACGAAACAAAGAGCUCCCGAAUAUAGCCUUGGUGUUAAAAAGUAUCUUCCGGAAUUGGCACGUUCGCCGGGACCGGCAACAUAUCCACGCUCGAAUCUAGCAGCCAUUAAGCAAUCCAGUCCCAGUUAUACAUUGGCGCCGAGGACAAACUAUCAAUUUAAACUCUACGGACCCGGUUCGAAUUAUUACGAUCGCAUGGAAUAUAAACCGGGUAAACGAUCGCCUAACUAUUCAUUUGGUGUAAGGCAUUCACCACAAUCGGGCGUUAUGAUUGUGCCCUGCGACAAUUGGUGA